UCUCCACGCUGUGUGAUUAGUUUGUGGUCUUAUUUUGAAACAAUGGAGAACAGUCCUCUGCAGGUGCUGACCAUCCCCACAGCUCCCUACCCGGACCAGAGACCCGGCACCAACGGCCUGAGGAAGAAAGUCUACUUAUUCCAGUCCAGGAGGAACUACCUGCACAACUUCAUCCAGAGUAUCUUCUCCUCCAUCGACCUGCGGGACCGCCAGGGGUCAACUGUUGUGGUGGGGGGAGAUGGACGCUUCUUCAACCAAACAGCUAUUGAGGUCAUCGGGCAGAUGGCAGCUGCCAACGGGGUGGGUCGUCUCAUCAUUGGACACCACGGGAUAAUGUCCACACCUGCCAUCUCCUGUGUGAUCAGGAAACACAAAGCCAUCGGAGGCAUCAUCCUCACUGCCAGCCACAAUCCUGGGGGACCUGACGGAGACUUUGGCAUCAAGUUUAAUACAGCAAACGGAGGCCCAGCAAAAGAGGUGGUCACAAACAAAAUCUUUCAGAUUAGCAGGACCCUAGAGGAGUUUUUGAUCUGCCCUGGACUAAGAGUGGACCUGACCACACUGGGCAGACAGACGUUUGAUCUGGAGAACAAGUUCAAACCCUUCACAGUUGAAAUUGUGGACUCAGUGGAAUCCUACGCCAACCUGCUGAGAAACAUUUUUGACUUUGCUGCCCUGAAGGAGCUUCUGUCUGGAGAAAAUCACAUCAAGAUAAGACUGGACGCCAUGCAUGGAGUGAUGGGACCGUACGUGAGGAGAAUUCUCUGUGAAGAGCUUGGCUGUCCGGCUAACUCUGCUGUUAACUGUGUCCCUUUGGAGGAUUUUGGGGGCCAACACCCAGACCCUAACCUCACCUACGCUGCUGACCUUGUGGACAGCAUGAGGGAUGGGCUGUAUGAUUUCGGUGCAGCAUUUGAUGGUGAUGGGGACCGUAACAUGAUCCUGGGUAAGCACGGCUUCUUCGUCACCCCGCCUGACUCUGUGGCUGUGAUCGCUGACAACAUCUUCUGCAUCCCGUACUUCCAGCACACAGGGGUGAGAGGCUUCGCCCGCAGCAUGCCCACAAGUGCAGCCUUAGACAGAGUAGCCAAAGCAACAAAAAUAGAGUUAUAUGAAACUCCCACUGGGUGGAAGUUCUUUGGGAACCUGAUGGAUGCAGGCAGGCUGUCUCUGUGUGGAGAGGAAAGCUUUGGUACAGGUGGUGAUCAUAUCCGUGAAAAAGAUGGGCUUUGGGCCGUGCUGGCAUGGCUGUCCAUCCUGGCCUUCAGAAGGCAGAGUGUGGAGGACAUACUUAAGGACCACUGGAUGAAAUAUGGAAGAAACUACUUCACAAGAUACGACUAUGAGAAUGUAGAUAUAGAUGCAGCCUGUGAGAUGAUGGAGGAUUUGGAGAUCAUGAUCGCUGAUAAAUCCUUUGUGAGGCAAAGAUUUGCUGUGGAGGACAAAAUCUUCCAGGUGGAGAAAGCAGACAACUUUGAGUACACAGACCCAGUGGACAGCACCAUCACCAGGAACCAGGGUCUGAGGAUAAUCUUCUCUGAUGGUUCUCGGAUCAUCUACAGACUCAGUGGGACGGGGGGUGAAGGAGCAACCGUUCGGAUUUACAUAGACAGCUACGAGAAGGAGCAGAUCUUUGAAGACACACAAGUGAUGUUGGCACCGCUGGCGACCAUCGCUCUGAAGAUUUCCCAGCUCCAUCACAGGACAGGUCGCAGCGGCCCGUCAGUCAUCACAUGACUUCUCCCUGAUGUUCCUUCAGUGUCCCUUUCUGUUUUUAUUUGAAGAUCUUUUUUGUAAAAAAAAAACAAACAAACAAGCUCAAAUUCCAAGUGUGGCAAAACAUAAACUAUAGUUUGCAUUAAAGGCUUGAAUGUAUUCAAUGAUCUGUCUGUAUAACAUUAAACUGCUUUUUACUUUUGGUUCA